AUGGUGUAUCACAUCAUUGAGAACCCUGCGAUACUUUCACAGGCUUACGCCGUUUUAUUCAACCUUUUAGAUACGGCUGCCAUUCGACCGCAGCUCUGCCAUCUUCUUGCUUUGAUAACACGCAGAAAACAUGUCCGGCCGUUUAGGAUCCAAGCCGUCCUUACCCUAUCAAGGAACACCGGCAACGAUCCAGCAUUGACCGGUCUUCUCCGGGUAUAUAAAGACUACUAUCCCGAAAUCAUCGUCAGUGAUGCCCUGAGAGGCAAGGCAGCAGCGUUCAAGCACCCUGACGUGGAAUGGAGAGAGAGACUUGACAAGAUCCAGAGAGAUCACUCCCAGCGCACUGCUGAGGCUACUGGCCAGCCUCGGAAUGGUUUCAGCGUGAACCACCAAGUUUUGAAAGCUCGUGGUGGCAAAGGGUCACAUCUCCCUUCGCUACACACCUCAGAUGCCACAGAAAAUUCCGUCACGCUUGAGGAGAUAGACAGUGCCGACCGCCUCGCUCAAAACGUGGAAAAGAUUGAGCUGCCAAACCAGUUGGCAGCAGUCUUGGCGGAUCCUCUUCUUCAGAAAUUCAUUGCCCUGAAGAAAGAUAGCGCAGCAUCAAAGCGCGUGGUCCUUUGGAUCGAUGCCACUCUCGAGGAUGUGCUCAAUGGAAACGCUGACGAAAAACACUUCCGAGACACGCUGGAGAUACUGGAAGAAUACGUAUAUCGGGUCAAGGAAACCCCGUCCGUUGUCAUGAACUUCCUUGCCAAGCUGUUCACCACCUGGAACGGUGUAGAUGCACAAGACCCCAUUCUCAAUAUACUCUCUUACGCGCCACUUGCAUCAUUUGAAGAACUUUACAAAUUCAUUUUUCAGCCUUUAGAGAGAUGCCUCCCACCAACACCUGAAUCCCAACUCUCGCUCAUCAAAUUAUACCGGAACCUCAUCCGUCAUUGGACCUUUGUCAUCGGCUCCUUUAAUUCAAGCCCUCCGGAAGCACACAUAAGCGCCUUUUACGAAGUUAUGGAGCAUGCCGGCACCACCGCUUUGAACUUCGUCCAGGCUCAUCCAAGUGUCGCCGUUCAUGGAAGCGUGCUGGAUCUCUACGAACAAGCCGCCGCCAGCAUUCCCGACCCGAUCCUACAGCCUCUAAUCCGGAUAGCAAAUCCGCCUGCGGAACUCAUCUAUCUCCUCUUCUUCAGCCACUCCCUCGCUAAUGUAUCACGGCUCUGUGCUGUUCUCGCUGUUUAUAAGAAGGGUUUCGAGACUGCCAUGUCACGCCGUCAGCCGACGACCUACCUCCCGAGCUACGUUAACCACUUUAACGGCUUCCUGAUGGAUGUCUGUAACUGCCUCUGGCGCGGCAAGGCUUUCAACGAUGCCGAUAAGAACGCUCUUGGUUGUUUGAGCCCCCAUGCCGUCACUCUUCGUCUGCAGCGCUACGUUGAAGACUUGGGCGAGGAUCUGACGCUGUCUACGCUCUUUGGCUUCUCCUACUCGCCCUUGUUGAGUUUGCAAUCCAUUCAAUGCAUCCGAGAGCUCGAAGACAAGAAGUUGACGGAAGAUGGAAAUGCUAUUGCGAUAAGGCACGCCGGCCCCGUCACGGCUAACAGCCUGGCGAGGUUGGCUGAUGCCCGAGGCUUACGCAUGACGUGGUCUGAAUACCGCAUAAUUGUGCUGCAUGCGCUGGAGGCAAAGGGCCAGGGUGGAAUCCCGGCGCUGAUGAGGAACACCAUGAAGGUUCUCAUGGGCUCCCAGCCUGGGAGCUAA